CCUUCUCGGUUCCACUUCCUUAAACGAAGUACCUGUUCUGGUUUUAUGUUGGAAAACACUGCGCCGAGUCCCAGUCUGGGUGCAUCAGUGUGACGGGAAGAAGCCUCGAGAGAAACAAAGGACAAAAUGGAUGUGAAUGGUGAAAAUGCUCCCAUAGAUCGGGCAGGCAGUGCUGACAAUCUGCUUCCCUUGCAAACACCAAGAGGACCCCACGGUGGCUCUAAUCGUUACGCCCUGAAGGUGGCUGGCCUGACCGUGCUGGCUUGCCUGCUGCUGGCCAGUCAAGUGUUUGUGGCCUACAUGGUGUUUGACCAGAAGCAGCAGAUCCAAACGCUCCAGAAGAACUCAAACGAUCUCAAAAGGGAGCUGCACUCGGCUCAAGUGGCUCCAAUCAAGAUGCGUGAACCACUGAACAGGUUCCCUUUGAUGCACGCAUUUGUGGAUUUGGAGAAAGUUGCGACUGAGGCGCCUGUGAAAGAAGUGAAAAAGAGGGAUUCCGUAGGCAUGGAUGAGAUGAUUGGUCUCUUGGAGGAAAACUUUGAGAUGCCCAAGUUCAAUGACACCAUACUGGCCAACCUGCAGAGCCUGAAGAAGCAGCUGAAUGAGAGUAACUGGAAGAGCUUUGAAGGUUGGCUGCGAAACUGGCUCAUCUUCCAGGCAUCCCAGCACAUGCCUGCAACCACUAAGAAGCUUGAAGAAUAAGUGAAGCCAAGUGCUGGAUAUUUCAUCACGUUCAUCUGGUUGAUAUAUCCAUGAUUAUCAUUUAACUUCAUAUAUCGUAAUGGAACUAACUGCUGUAGUGGGCCCACAUUAUACACGAUCGCUUGAUACAAGGGAAGCUUUCUCACAUUCGCAAUAGCUUUUUCACGUAAAUAUCAAAAUAAAUCAGCAUACUUAUCAGUUGUUUUUUGUUUGCCUUCCAAAAUGCUGAAAAAGGGUGAUUAUUAUUAUUAUUUUCAAACACACCUCUGGGAUUUGAUCCUGUAAGGUUGGGCUCGGGUAGGCCUAUUAAACGAUUGAGUGUAUUUUGUCUA